AUGGCGUCCAUCCUAAAGAACAACAGAUCCGUCCGGCUGAGCUCUUCCUCCUCCGUCAGCUUCCUCCGGCGCAGCUCCUCGGGUCGGCUCAACUCCGGCGAGUUCCAGGGCUACCACGUCCACAUACCGCCGACCCCCGACAACCAGCCGAUGGCCGGCUGCGAGGUCCCGGUGGACGCCUCGAUCGCCGCUCGGGUGGAGGAGCAGUACGUCUCGAGCUCCAUCUUCACUGGAGGGUUCAACAGCGUCACCAGAGCGCACAUCCUGGAUAAGGUGACGGACACCGCGGCGAGCCACCCGCAGAUGGCCGGCGGCGCCGGCGGCAGCUCUUCCUGCGCCGUCGCUGGCUGCGACGGUAAGGUCCUGCGGGACGAGCGCGGCCGCGAGAUCCUCCCGUGCGCAUGCGACUUCAAGAUCUGCGCCGACUGCUUCUCCGACGCCGUCAGGGAAGGGGGAAUCGGAGGAGCUGUCUGCCCCGGCUGCAAGGAACCGUACCGGACGGCGGACAUAGAGGAGGCGGCGGCGGCGGGGGACCGGGCGGCGCUGCCGCUCCCACCGCCGCCGGGAGGGGUGUCGAAGAUGGAGAGGAGGUUGUCCCUGAUGAAGUCCGGCAAGUUCUCCCGGAGCCAGACGGGGGACUUCGACCACAACCGAUGGCUGUACGAGACCAAGGGCACCUACGGCUACGGCAACGCCUUCUGGCCCAAGGAGAACGGCGGCGACGGCGGCGGCGACGAUGUCGGCGGGCAGCCGACGGAGCUCGCCGCCAAGCCGUGGAGGCCGCUCACCCGGAAGCUGAAGAUCCCCGCCGCCAUCCUCAGCCCUUACAGGUAGGUAGAUUCGCGCUCUGCGAUUUUUACGAGACUUUGCUGUUGCAGGAGAAGGCAUGUAGGAUUGAUUAUCCGAUGAUGGUGGAUGGGUGCGUGACUGUUCAUCAUCUCCGGCAGGGUUCUGGUGUUCCUCCGGAUGAUCGCGCUGGGGCUGUUCUUGGCGUGGAGGAUCAGGCACAAGAACGAGGACGCGAUCUGGCUAUGGGGGAUGUCGGUGGUGUGCGAGGUCUGGUUCGCCUUCUGCUGGCUGCUGGACCAGCUCCCCAAGCUCUCCCCGAUCAACCGCGCCACUGACCUCGCCGUGCUGAAGGAGAAGUUUGAGAGCAGCGGCGGCGGCGGCGGCAAGUCCGACCUGCCGGGGAUCGACAUCUUUGUCUCCACCGCCGACCCGGAGAAGGAGCCGCCGCUGGUCACCGCGAACACCAUCCUUUCCAUCCUCGCCGCCGACUACCCCGUCGAGAAGCUCGCAUGCUACGUCUCCGACGACGGUGGCGCCCUCCUGACCUUCGAGGCCAUGGCGGAGGCCGCGAGCUUCGCCCACAUCUGGGUCCCCUUCUGCCGGAAGCACGAGAUCGAGCCCAGAAAUCCCGAGAGCUACUUCAACCUACGCAAGGAUCCUUACAAGAACAAGCUCCGGCCGGACUUCGUCAGAGAUCGCCGGCGGGUGAAGCGCGAGUACGACGAGUUCAAGGUCAGGAUCAACGGCCUCCCUGACUCCAUCCGCCGCCGCUCCGACGCUUACCACGCCCGCGAGGAGAUCAAGGCCAUGAAGCUUCGCCGUGACGCCGCCGCCGCCGAGGGCGAGAACUCCAUCGCCGCCGCCGCCGCCGCCGCCGCCGCCGCCGCCGCCGCCGCCGCCGCCGGAGAAGCUCUGAAGAUCCCCAAGGCCACCUGGAUGGCUGACGGCACGCACUGGCCGGGCACCUGGACGGUCCCCUCGCCGGAGCACGCCAGGGGAGACCACGCCGGCAUCAUCCAGGUGAUGCUGAAGCCACCCAGCGACGCCCCCCUCCACGGCGGCGCCCCCGCCACCGCCGGUGGUAUCCUCGACCUGGCGGAGGUGGACAUCCGGCUGCCCAUGCUGGUCUACGUCUCCCGCGAGAAGCGCCCCGGAUACGACCACAACAAGAAGGCCGGCGCCAUGAACGCCCUGGUCCGAGCUUCAGCGGUCAUGUCCAAUGGCCCCUUCAUCCUCAACCUCGACUGCGACCACUACGUCUACAACUCGCAGGCGCUGCGGGAGGGCAUUUGCUUCAUGAUGGACAGAGGCGGCGACCGCCUCUGCUACGUCCAGUUCCCUCAGAGGUUCGAAGGCAUCGACCCCUCCGACCGCUACGCCAACCACAACUCCGUCUUCUUCGACGUCAACAUGCGCGCCCUCGACGGCCUCCAAGGCCCCGUCUACGUCGGCACCGGCUGCCUCUUCCGCCGCCUCGCCCUCUACGGCUUCGACCCACCUCACCUCCAAGCUCCGCCGCCGCACCAAACCCAGGCGGCGCUGCUGCAGACGGCCUGCAACGAGGACGACGAGGACGAGGAGAAGAAGAUGAUCAACCCGUCGACGGCGGCGACGUUCAGGAAGCAGUUCGGCAACUCCGACGUGCUGGUGGAGUCGAUCCCGGUGGCGGAGUACGAGGGGCGGCCGCUGGGGGACCAUCCGGCGGUGAGGAACGGGCGGCGGCCGGGGGCGCUCACCAUAGCCAGGGACUUGCUGGACGCGGCGGCGGUGGCGGAGGCCAUCGCCGUGAUCUCCUGCUGGUACGAGGACAAGACGGAGUGGGGGCGCCGCCUCGGGUGGAUCUACGGCUCCGUCACCGAGGACGUGGUCACCGGCUACCGCAUGCACAACCGCGGGUGGCGCUCCGUCUACUGCGUCUCCGCCACCAAGAGGGACGCCUUCCGGGGGACGGCUCCGAUCAAUCUCACCGAUCGCCUGCACCAGGUGCUCCGGUGGGCCACUGGCUCGGUGGAGAUCUUCUUCUCCGGCAACAACGCGCUGCUCGCCAGCUCCAGGAUGAAGCUCCUGCAGAGGGUCGCCUACCUCAACGUGGGCAUCUACCCCUUCACCUCCGUCUUCCUCCUGGUCUACUGCUUCCUCCCGGCGCUGUCGCUUUUCUCCGGUCAGUUCAUCGUGCAGAGCUUGAACGUGACCUUCUUGGCGUACCUGCUGGCGAUCACCGUGACGAUGUGCAUGCUGGCGGCGCUGGAGAUUAAAUGGUCGGGGAUCGGGCUGGAGGAGUGGUGGCGGAACGAGCAGUUCUGGCUGAUCGGCGGCACCAGCGCGCACCUCGCCGCCGUGUUGCAGGGGCUGCUGAAGGUCGUCGCGGGGAUCGAGAUCUCCUUCACGCUCACCUCGAAGUCCGCCGGAGGAGGAGACGGAGACGACGACGAGUUCGCCGACCUGUACGCGUUGAAGUGGAGCUCGCUGAUGAUCCCCCCGCUGACCAUCAUCAUGGUGAAUGUUGUGGCCAUUGCAGUGGGGAUCAGCAGGACCAUCUACAGCGUGCUGCCGCAGUGGAGCAGGCUGCUGGGCGGGGUGUUCUUCAGCUUCUGGGUGCUGGCCCAUCUCUACCCGUUCGCCAAGGGGCUCAUGGGGAGGAGGGGGAGGACCCCCACGGUGGUCUUCGUCUGGUCCGGACUCAUCGCCAUCACCAUCUCCCUCCUCUGGGUAGCCAUCAACCCCCCUUCCUCCAGCUCCCAGAUUGGCGGCUCCUUCACCUUCCCGUGA